AUGUCUCGUGGUAACCAGCGUGAGACUGAUCGUGUCCGUAAUGCCAAAAAGCAACAGGCAGGUAAAAAGAAACAGGACGGAAAUCCUGCCAAACGUCUUGAAGCCCAGGCUGAAAUUAUGAGAGCAAAACAACGUGCUGCUGAUGAGAAAAAGGGAGCUACUGGUUCCCAAAAGUAG